UGAACGUUGCAUAGCACAAUAACUUACCGACCGGUGGGAAAACGAAUCGGAUUUUGCACAGAGAAUUUGGUCAACGUCAGGGCGGUAUUGGUUUACUGUACCCAUCAAAGAAAUUGCUAGAAGGUAUUUAACGCCAAGCUUUAGAUUGCCUGAAGCAAAGCAAAUGUGGGUCCGUGGACUCGGCGAAUGGCCAAAAAUGUCUUUGAGCUUCUUCCCGAAAAUAGACCGCUGGCGUCUCUUAGAGGCGUUCUUGCAGGCUAUCAUUUUGCCGCUGGAAACACUGUACUUCAUCGUCACCAACGACUGGACCCAAUCCAUGCUCCGCGUUUUGGCGGAGGAACUUGGAAGAGCUGAGACAGAAGCAGUACAGUGUCGACCGGAGCGAGCCAUCGCCCUCGGGCCUUCCGGCGGCGAGUGGGCGUGGUGCGUCGAGGCUGCUGCACGACCGCCUGGGCUCUUGACCACAAUGGGAGCUCUUGGCCCAUGCAGCCUACGGACGGAGACGGGGGGUUACGCAAUAUGGCUACUACGGUGUUUUUUAUUCGGACGACGUAAAAUUGUACUUUUGUUUGUUUUCUAUUGUUUGUUAUUUCACUUUUUUGUCUAUUAAUACGCAGCAUGCUUUUAAACUGGAACAGAUGUACCUCCUAUUCUUAGGAUGUUAAGGAAUUGUAAACAGAAAUAUAAAAUGUGACGCUGCUUCUACGAACUCUUUGACUCUCUGACGGAUAUCCGUUUAACAUUAAUACAACGUGACUGAAUCAUGAUAUUACUUUAGUUGUUAAAUACUAAAUCCCCUACAGAGUUGAUAGAACGAUAAUAAUGUACUGCAAACACAAAUUCAUUUCGACAAUUUUAAU